AUGAUGGUAGGGUAUAAAUUCAAACCUAGUUCUAUAGAUUUGCUUUUUCAUUAUCUGUGGAAGAAGAUGAGUGAUCAACCACUUCCCUCAAAUGCAGUCAUCGAAUACUGUGAUCUUUAUAACAAAGAAAAAGAAGAGUGGUGGGAACUGUUCACAGAAAACCAAAAAGAGAAUGUUUACUGCUUCACGAGGUUGAAGAAAACGGCUCUAGGAAAUUUUAAGAAAGGUAGGGUUUCGAAGAACGGUACCUGGAAAGAAUCCCAGAAUAAAAAGAUUUAUGUUCGUUGCAGUGGAAAGGUCUCGCUUGUUGGCUUCAAGAGGUGCUUUAAGUUCAUACCAAAGAGAGGAUUCAAGAUCCCUAAAGGCAAAAAAUUGCUUAUGGAUGAAUAUUGCCUCAGUGAUGACUUUCUUAAGAGGAUACCACCGAAGCAUCGUAAUUAUGUGGUUUGCCAUCUUAAGUACCAAGAAGAUUCAUUGGCAAAAAAACCUUCUUCUGCAACGACUUCAGUCUCAAUGUUGCCUUCUCCGACGAGGAUUGCACUAAGAGAUGAUCAUGAUUUGGUGGAUAAUCAACGGCAAUUUACACAAGGGAACACCGUUGAAAUACAAAAUCAAAUGAGAAAUGACGAUGGACUCUUAUCUUGUUUAGUUCCACUAUCAAUUCUUUUACCACAGUCUGCAGGAAAUUCAUCAUCAGCAACAUCUGGAGCUCAUCAAUAUGUGAAAUUGGUCGAAAAUAAUCAACACCAAACUGAAUUGUCUACAGGGAAUUCGAAUGCAUUAGGAGAAUACCAGAUGGUGGAGCAACAAUUUCAACACAUACAAGGGAACAACAAUUUCGAACAAGAAGAUGGUAGCAGCACGACGGAUGGACAAUAUAUUUCUAUGGAAGAUUUAUCAAAUAUUAAUAUUUCAUUCACUGAAGAGGAGUUGUUUUAA